AUGGAUCUCGCUUCCAUCUACUUCGGCUUCUUUCUAGGCGUCUUCGUGUUUGUUGUGCAGCAGACACGGAGCGUAUGGAGACGCACACGGAGACUUCACAACGCGUACUUGUAUAUGAUCUGGACAGAGGCAUGGGUAAAUUUCAUAUUUGCCACCGUCACAUAUCUGUACCUGAAUAAAAUCAUUCCCGGAAGUCUCCCGUUCUACUUGGAUGGGUGUCCUGUGAGAAACUCUUGGACUAAUAAUUAUGUAGUGACACUAUGGGCAAUCCAGACGCAACUCUUACCCCAAAUCAUUGCCAACCGCGCCGCUUGGUUAAUGACUAGCAGAGGCAGAGCUAGAAGGCUGAAAUGGGGUCUUGUGAUUGUUAUCGGGUGCAUUGAUAUCGCCGUUUACUACAUCUGGACUACCGCCCACAUGCCAGGAGCUACACCUUCCCAGAUUCAUCUUAACCUUGUGUUCGAAAAAGCUGAGAAGUCUUUCUUCCUCGUCAUUGAUUUGGGGCUCAAUGCAUCCUUCUUAUAUUUGGUGCGCUUCGGGCUGAUUGCUCACGGGCUAGGCAAGUAUUGGAGGCUCUUUAACUUCAAUGCCGGAAUGGUGGUUGUCUCUACGUCCAUAGAUAUUCUACUACUUGGCUUCUUGAGCUUGCCAAACCCUUACUUAUACGUCCAAUUCGCCCCUCUCGCAUACAUAGCCAAGCUGUACAUCGAGCUCGUAAUGGUUAAUCUGAUCUCGAAAGUUGUGAGAAGCGGUGCGGCUGAGCAAGGAGACGGCCGGUACGGGAGCAGCAGUCACAAAUCUAACCCAGCCAAUUAUAUCACUUCCCGAGUUGUCGUGAGCGGCAGUCACGCCAUGACGAAGUCGGGUAACAAUAUUUUGAGCAGCUCUGGCUCGGAGAUACAUCUAGCCACAGAUCCUGGCCCACAUGGCAUCACAAAGACGGUCGAGACUACAGUUGUGAUGGACAAUGGCGAGGAUGGUCGCAGCGAUAGGUCAUCUAAGCAGAGUAGCAUUGUGUUUGAUAAUCAAUGGACCUGUCUCGUUUCCAUGCGAUGA